GUUUGAACUUGGGUCCUGCCGCUGCCCGUAGCCGGCGUCCCCAACAUGGCGGCUCCCCAAGAUGUCCACGUCCGGAUCUGUAACCAAGAGAUUGUCAAAUUUGACCUGGAGGUGAAGGCUCUUAUUCAGGAUAUCCGUGAUUGUUCAGGACCCUUAAGUGCUCUUACUGAACUGAAUACUAAAGUAAAAGAGAAAUUUCAACAGUUGCGUCACAGAAUACAGCCAGUUCUCUAUCAAAGGGCAUUUAUUUGGACCGCUUCCACAUUUUUUUUUAAGCUAACUUAUUCCCUGACAGACUUUUCUUCAACUCAGCAUGACUUCAACUCUCCAACUACACCCUUUACCUUCAGUGACCUGGAGCAGUUGGCUAAAGAGCAAGACAAAGAAUCAGAGAAACAACUUCUACUCCAGGAAGUGGAGAAUCACAAAAAGCAGAUGCUCAGCAAUCAGGCCUCAUGGAGGAAAGCUAAUCUCACCUGCAAAAUUGCAAUCGAUAAUCUAGAGAAAGCAGAACUUCUUCAGGGAGGAGAUCUCUUAAGGCAAAGGAAAACCACCAAAGAGAGCCUGGCCCAGACAUCCAGUACCAUCACUGAGAGCCUCAUGGGGAUCAGCAGGAUGAUGGCCCAGCAGGUCCAGCAGAGCGAGGAGGCCAUGCAGUCUCUAGUCACUUCUUCACGAACGAUCCUGGAUGCAAAUGAAGAAUUUAAGUCCAUGUCGGGGACCAUCCAGCUGGGCCGGAAGCUUAUCACAAAAUACAAUCGCCGGGAGCUGACGGACAAGCUUCUCAUCUUCCUUGCGCUAGCCCUGUUUCUUGCUACGGUCCUCUAUAUUGUGAAAAAGCGGCUCUUUCCAUUUUUGUGAGAUUCCGAAGGUGCCAGUUCUGGCCCUUUCAGCUCCUGUUUCAGGAUCUGUCCUGGUUCCUGAGCUCUAGGCUGCUAAGCUGAGCCACACACCCCUCCAUUUGCGCCAGUUGCCUGCAGGUUGGAUGGAACACAGUGCCCCACUUUUCUGCAAGUAGCUGGCUUGUAAAGGGUGAACAGAGCCAUGGGAGGAAGGCCUGGCAUUGGGAUACCGCCCUGGGGACAUACGAACCGCCUCCUUCCCCCAUUGUGCGCUAUGGGAGGCCGCUGCUGCGUGGAGCACUUAAAGUCCAGCCUCCAGGACCGGAUGCCCCUCCUGUCUCCCGCUCCCAUCGUGCCCUUAAAUGCCAGAUCUGGUGGAGGGAAGAGAGAAGAGGUAGGAAGAAAGCUGAUGAAAACUCCUGGUCAUUCCUUGAAUAAACUUGAUUUUAUUUAAUAGAAUAAAA